UUAAUAUUAACCUCGAUAAAGUGCAGCAAUUAAAUAUUCUCGAGUUAAAUCUGGAGUCAGGUAUGAUCCCGAUGGAGAGUUACAAAUUAGUCAAAAAUAGACAGCAGAUCAAGCAAGUCAUGAAAGCGCCGAAUCUAUUGCCGGAACAGAAAAUGGAUUAUCAUAUCAAGCAAAUGGCGUUGAACCUCACAGCCAAUUCCAUGUAUGGAUGCUUGGGGGCGAUGUAUUGUCGAUUUUACGCUAAAGGUCUCGCCGCUCUGAUAACAGGGCUUUAGCCUAGGAGGAGAACCAGGAUAAAGCGAAGACGAAAGAGCAACGUAAAGAACGCAAAGAAAAAGAACGAGAAAAGAAACGUGACAAAGAUGAUGGCAAAGGAAAGUGGGAAACCGUUAAAGGUGGCGUGGCUAUUCCUUUCGAGAAACCAAAGAUGUUCGCUAAGGACGCAGAAAUUAAUAUUGGUGCGGUGUUGAAGAAACUUUCUGUCGUUUUAUGACAGUGGAUUUCUCGGGAAGAAUGUUCCUUUCAUGUAUUUGAAGGAAUUAGUAGAUCAGAUGAUAAGUUUGUUGGCCGAAAACAGGUUGCAGUAUUUGCAUCAGGCUGCAGCGUAUUACAGAGUGAUCAAUAACAUCAUGGUGAAAAUUAUUGACAAUUCUAAUCAUACCACCAUUAUAUGUGUAUUGAUCAAGCUGCUUCAUUCCUGCGCUGAAUCAAAUGUUCCCUCGAAAUAUGAAAAGUUGGUGAUGAAAUGCUUCUGGAAAAUAGUGAAAACAAUGUCAAAUUGGACCGCUGAUUUAGAUUACGAUACAAUACUCUUGGAAGUGCAUCGUUUCCUUAAGGAUUAUCCUACUACAUGGUGGAAGAAACGAAAGUCCGACACUCCGCUGCGGACAAUCAAGACAGUUCUUCAUAGUAUGACUAGAGUGAAAGGCAGUUCGAUACAACAUCACUUGACGCUAAUAAACAAUACGAAUGAAUCUGAAUUACAAGCUUACUUAAUCAGAUUAAUCGCGAGUCUUAAGUCAGAUGAGAUUAAUGCCACAGCUAAGGUGACGCCAAAAUCAAAUAAUGUGGGAAGGACAUCAAAACACUUGUCCAAGUCAACUUGUCAGCAAUUGGCAGAAAUAUUCAAGAAAAUUGGAUCAAAAGAGCACAUGCAUGAGCAAAUGUUCACUAAGAGAUAGCAUAAAAUUGUCGGAAUAAGCAUACAAAGUGUCGCGAGGGUGUUUAAUCGGGAACGACGUAGUGCUCCGUACCGAGAUCGUAGGCGCGUGAAGCCGUGUGCAUAAAGGAGAGCCGAACGCAUACCGGAUUACGCACACAUCAAUAAUAUUAACGAAGUCGAGCAAGAAGAACUCUA